AUGACCGACUUCAAAUUGGGCAUCGUGCGGCUCGGCCGGGUGGCCGGAAAGACCAAGUAUACACUGAUAGACGAGCAAGACAUCCCGCUGGUGGAGGGCUACUCGUUUGAGGCCCGGAUGGAAGUAGACGCAGAUGGAAAUGGUGCUAAGAUAUUUGCAUACGCCUUUGACAAAAACCGAGGAAGGGGGUCAGGAAGGCUCCUUCAUGAGCUGCUGUGGGAGCGGCACAGGGGAGGCAUUGCCCCUGGGUUUCAGGUGGUGCAUCUCAACGCCGUCACUGUGGACAAUCGCCUGGACAACCUGCAGCUGGUGCCGUGGGGCUGGCGGCCCAGAGCCGAGGAGACCUCCAGCAAGCAGAGGGAGCAAAGCUUAUACUGGCUGGCCAUUCAGCAGCUGCCCACCGACCCCAUAGAGGAGCAGUUCCCGGUGCUGAACGUGACGCGGUACUACAACGCCAACGGGGACGUCGUGGAGGAGGAGGAGACGUCCUGCACCUACUACGAGUGCCACUACCCUCCCUGCACCAUGAUUGAGAAGCAGGCGGUGGACACGGAGCACACCGUGGACUCGGUGGAGUGGUGCCCGCUGCCGGGCUGCAGGCACUUGCUGGCGUGCGGCACCUACCAGCUGUGGAAGCCGGAGUACCGGCCCGCCGACCGGGAGAGCCAGAGUGAACUGGAUGUUGACGAGCCUCCAAUUCGUUUGGGUCGUCUCUACCUGUAUAGUUGCAAUGAGGACAGCUCCCCUUGCCCCCUGGUUGAAGUCCAAAGAAGAGAUACUUCUGCGAUCCUGGACAUGAAAUGGUGUCACGUUCCAGUGGCCGGCCAUCCCCUGUUGGGCGUGGCAGAUGCUUCUGGGUCCAUAGAGCUCCUCCGCUUGGUGCCAUCUGAGCAGGACACUUGGGCACUACAGCCCUGCUCCCGCUUGGCCCUGGAAAAGCAGUGUCUGGCCUUGUCCUUGGACUGGUCCACUGGGAAAGCCGGAAGGGCCAGUGACCAGCCCUUGAAAAUCAUUAGCAGCGACUCCAAAGGGCAGCUCCACCUCCUGAAGAUCAGCGAGGCGGGGCCCGGACUGCAGGCUGUGGUCACGUGGCAGGCCCAUCGGUUUGAGGCCUGGGUUGCUGCUUUCAAUUACUGGCAGACGGAAGUCGUGUACUCAGGUGGGGACGAUGGCCUCCUGAAGGGCUGGGACACCAGGACACCUGGCACAGCCGCCUUCAGCAGCCGCAGACACUCCAUGGGCGUGUGCAGCAUCCAGAGCAGCCCCCACCGUGAGAACGUGUUGGCCACGGGAAGCUAUGACGAGCAUGUUCUCCUCUGGGACACGCGGAGUCUGUGGCGGCCACUGGCUGACGUGCCUGUGCAGGGCGGGGUGUGGAGGCUCAAGUGGCACCCGUUCCACCGUGACCUGCUCCUAGCGGCCUGCAUGCACGGCGGCUUUACGAUCAUCAACUACCAGACGGCAGCAGAGGAAGAACAGGAAGCAGUCUCUCUGUCCUACCCCUUGCCCAACUCGCUGGUGUAUGGAAUCGACUGGUCCUGGCUCUACUUCUGCCGUCUGCCACAGACCCAGCCGUCCUUCCCUGGCAGUGACCCAGAAGCCAGAACAGCAGACCAGGACCCUGCCCUGAAGGUUGCAGAUCCGUCACCAGCACCCUCUUCAGAGUGUUUAGCUGACAGUGAUGGCGUGGGUGGCACCACACACCAGGACGGAAGCAAGCCAGAGGGCCCUCUGAAGCCAUCUGCAGAGGACAAGAAGGAUGUCCGGCUGCCUACUGCAGGGAUCAAGAUCUGUGACUGCGACCAGGAUCUGGAGGCAGCAGACUUUGACACCAACCUUCUGGCCACUGGCUCCUUUUAUAAUCAUGUUCUUCACCUCUGGAAGUGGGAGAACGUCUGA